CAUCCUCCAGAUCGGCCAGGUGGGAUGCAGCAUCAUUCUGGCGCUGUGGAGCUCGAGACGACUCGGCCUCAUCGUUCAUGGCGCAGCGAGAGGAGUUUUGCCUGCCGCCCCGUCUCUCAUUGAAGGCGACGUGGUAGGUUGGUGUUGGUAGAGAUGCUUGACCCAGGCAGUCGUUGUUCGCGAAGCUCUGGUGAUGUAGGUACAGCUGCGCGCAUCGGGCCUGGAACAUCAGGAAGGGCCGAUGGCCGAAGUGGUGAGAUAAUCGAUUGCUCCGCAUCUUGAAGCCAUACACAACCCACUCUGCACGUGUGAUAGCGCUUCCAGAGCUUCUGUACAGCCUCAGUUUGCGCAUCCACACAUAGCGCCGUGCUCCAAGACUGCAGGUUCGUGCAAAGAACCUGCCACUGUAUUCACAUACCCACGCGACUCCUCCGCCACCUCCGCAUCUGCAUACCACCCACCAUGUCUUUUGGACCUCCAAACAGCGCGCCGCUUCCCUCUUCUUUCGAUGAGAAUGCCGACUUUUACAAUGAAAACACCAUCGACAAGAUAUGGAGACGCCUUCGCGAAGAGCCCCUCGUUCCCCUCGGCUGCGGUCUCACCGUCUGGGCCAUUGUCGGCGCCACCCGCUCAAUGCGAAAAGGUGACCACAAGAUGACCAACAUGUACUUCCGCCGACGUCUAUAUGCUCAAGCCUUCACAAUCGCUGUACUGGUAGCAGGAAAUAUGUACUGGCAAAAGGAUCGUGUGAAGCGCAAGGAGUACGAGAAGCAGGUUGCUCAGAAGGAGCGCAUGGACAAGAGGGACAGGUGGCUGAAGGAGUUGGAGAUGCGAGACGAGGAAGACAAGGCCUGGAAGGAGAGGAUGGCCAAGAAAGCGAGGGGAGCAGCAGAAGAGGCCAAAGGUGUCACUGACAUGGUGGCCGAGAAGACAAAGGAGCUGAAGGAUCAGACUGUCGGCAAAUAAACAUGAGAGGUCAUAAAGAGCUCAGCUACGGUUGAAGAUGGUAGCAUCACGGGGAUUGCUUUCAAGAGGAGGAUUAUAGAG